UGUGUGUAGGGUUCUAGGAUCCGAACCCCACGAUCGGAUCUGAUCCGAUCACGGCCCACCGCGGGGCCGUGAGAGAAAGUUGACCAGCGGGACGGCUUUCUCUGCGCCCGGCUCGGGUCUGGCCGAGGUGUCUGUCUGUCAGUCCGCGCUCCGACACAACAGGGGUGGGAGAUCCAGCCGCACUGCCCGGUCGCGUGGGUCAGGGCUCUUGCCCCACCCUUCCACGGGGACACGAAGGUAAACGUCGCUUUGGUUUUCUUCUCUACCCUCCUGCAGCCGCCGCCCAGCUUCCUUUUCCUCCCCUUUCCCCGAUGAUUUUUUUUAAGGGGGGACCUGAAAAAACGGAGUCUCUUUCCUUAUGCAACUUCCUCGGGCGCCGUUUGCACGGCCCUCCCCACCCCCAACCCCCGCCUUCUGCAUCCCUUGGCCCGCUCCUUGGCCACCUCGGGGCUACCGCCAAAAACAUGCAUUUAAGAUCAUCCAAAGUGCCCAGGAACAAAAAUGGAUGUUAAAGAAAUUGUUCUAAGUUAAGGGAAACUGAGAGGAGAAAUAAGAAACCGGUUUGAGUGUGUGUGUGUGUGUGUGGGGGGGAGGUGCGUCGCCUGGGAUGAGUGCAUUGAAUUUUCAUUUCAAUUUUCGUAGAUGGUUGGUUAUGAUGUCUUUAUUGGUGUGGGGAGCCCGGGGAGCUCUGUACCGGCUGCCUCGGUCGCGUGGAUUUUUGCGCAAGUUUUUAGAAAAACACUGACUCGAGUAGAGAGCAUUUCUCCGGAAAGUUUCAAGUGCAGCAAAAUAGCGAGCCUGCAAAACUGGCCAAGGGGGGACCUCUAGUGGUUAAACGCAUCUUAAGUUCGAGAGGCAGAGACCAAAGUUUGGCCUUUACUCGUAGCUACGUAGUCCGUUUAGACGUGGAAGUAAUUAGAAGACCUGACUUAGCAGCCAGAUGUGAGAAAGGAUGCUGGUCCGAAAUAGAAGUUUUGGAAAUCAGAGAACGAUAACGUCUGAGCUUUCGGAUCCAGUGAUUUCCACCCUUCCUUGCUUACUUUAAAAAAACCUUUAUUCUGAGAUUUGAGAUUGGCACUCCUCAGAUAAGAAAAACUGUCUUAUGUUUACCAUCGUCUGUACAUCGCCCCGUUUUUAAUUUCCCCUCUAACAAGUCAUAGCAGAUAGCUUACUUCGGAAUGUUAAGGAGAAAUCAAAAUGAAACUUGUGCUUAAAACUUUGCAAAAACUGAAAAAAAAAACCUUUUGAAAUUUGCUUUUUAUAUGAGCCGAUACAUCUCUGAUACAUAUAAUUUCAAGCUAUCAAGUCACUCAAUAACUUGCAUAUAAACUUACAUACUCCUAGAAUACAUAGUAUCUUCUCACUGUAACAGUGUAAUCUUGAUUCACCGAGUAAAAGAAUGUUAUUUCAGUAUACUCUGUAUAAUUUAUGGUUUAAAACACUUUACGAAUACAGGAGUUACAUAACUAUUUCCCAGUGUGUAUUCUGUAAAGAAUCUUGAAUUUUAAAGAUGGAAAAUCAAAGGAAUUAAGGUUGUGUCAAAUCAUCCUUGUAACUGUCACUUGUUUGUCACACCGUAAAAGAGACAGGGUCUCAGCCGGGUAGUUCAGGUUGGUGUUGAGUUUGUAUUUUCCUUCCUCAGUGUUCUAGUGCUUGGGUAACAGUCUUUUUAUUUACAGUGAGAAUCUGUAUUAUGUGAGUUUAGAAUAUGGGACUGAUGUGAGUGAUUAACGUUAAUUUCACCUCACGUGGAACUAAUUAAUUUUAAUACACAGAGCAGUGUGGUGUGGAGUGAUGGAUGCUGAAUUUGAAUUGUAGAUUAUGGAUGUGAAGGCUUUAUGAGAGUGCUUUGAUUUUUUUUUUUUUUCCUUUUACAAAAUCAAUGCUAGAUCCUUAAAAGAAGUCUUGGGGGUACACAACAGUUCUGAAGGCCACCAGGCAGUUCCGUCUUUCACCACGGCCUCGAGGCUACCAGGUAAAUCAUGACUGAAUCUUCAUCUACCACAAGUGGUCAAGAGUUUGAUGUGUUCAGUGUUAUGGACUGGAAGGAUGGAGUUGGUACCCUACCAGGAAGUGAUUUGAAGUUUAGGGUAAAUGAAUUCGGAGCUUUAGAAGUUAUCACAGACGAAAGCGAGAUGGAAAGUGUGAAGAAAGCAACAGCCACUACCACGUGGAUGGUCCCAACUGCUCAGGACGCCCCGCCCUCUCCCCUGAGCUCCAGGCCUGCAUUUCCACCUGCCUACUGGACAUCUCCACCCGGAUGUCCCACAGUCUUUUCAGAGAAGACUGGGGUACCCUUCAGGCUGAAGGAGCAGUCGAAAGUAGAUGGGCUCCAGUUUUGUGAGAACUGUUGUCAGUAUGGCAACGGAGAGGAGUGUCUUUCUGGAGGGAACUAUUGCAGCCAGAACUGUUCACGGCGUGCCAGAGACAAAGAUCAGAAGGAAGACCGAGAUGGAGGUGAAGACAAUGACGAGGAGGAUCCUAAGUGUAGUCGGAAGAAAAAACCAAAAUUAUCUCUGAAGGCUGACUCCAAGGAAGAUGAAGAGAGAGAUGAUGAAAUGGAGAACAAACAAGAUGGAAGGAUCCUGAGGGGUUCUCAGAGAGCCAGAAGGAAAAGACGUGGGGAUUCAGCCGUCUUAAAGCAGGGCUUGCCUCCUAAAGGCAAGAAAACCUGGUGCUGGGCAUCCUACCUAGAGGAGGAGAAAGCUGUGGCAGUGCCAACGAAGCUGUUCAAAGAGCACCAGUCCUUCCCAUACAACAAAAACGGAUUCAAAGUCGGCAUGAAGCUGGAAGGUGUGGACCCUGAGCACCAGUCUGUGUACUGUGUCCUCACUGUGGCUGAGGUUUGUGGAUAUAGGAUAAAGCUUCACUUUGAUGGAUAUUCUGACUGCUAUGACUUCUGGGUAAACGCAGAUGCUUUGGACAUUCACCCCGUGGGCUGGUGUGAGAAGACUGGUCAUAAGCUCCGCCCUCCUAAAGGGUAUAAAGAAGAAGAAUUUAAUUGGCAGUCCUACCUUAAGACGUGCAAAGCCCAGGCUGCUCCCAAGUCAUUAUUUGAAAAUCAGAACAUAACAGUGAUCCCGUCAGGUUUUCGAGUUGGAAUGAAGCUCGAGGCUGCGGACAAAAAGAGUCCUUCCAUCAUCUGCGUUGCUACGGUAACAGAUAUGGUGGACAAUCGUUUCCUGGUCCAUUUUGACAGCUGGGACGAGAGUUAUGACUAUUGGUGCGAAUCAAACAGCCCACACAUUCAUCCAGUUGGAUGGUGUAAAGAACACAGAAGAACACUGACUACACCACCAGGCUAUUCGCAUGUGAAACACUUUUCCUGGGAUAAAUAUCUAGAAGAGACCAAUUCUUUACCUGCUCCUGCAAGAGCUUUCAAAGUGAAACCUCCACAUGGAUUCCAGAAAAAAAUGAAGCUUGAGGCUGUGGACAAAAGAAACCCGCUGUUCAUCAGAGUAGCAACGGUAGCAGACACGGAUGAUCACCGGAUAAAAGUUCACUUUGAUGGCUGGAGCAGUUGCUAUGACUACUGGAUUGACGCAGACUCUCCGGAUAUUCACCCCGUAGGCUGGUGUUCCAAGACCGGGCACCCUCUUCAGGCUCCGCUAAGCCCUGCAGAAUUAAUGGAACCGUCAGAAACUGGGGGCUGUCCAACUCUAGGCUGUAGGGGAGUUGGUCAUUUUAAAAAAUCGAGGUACCUGGGCACUCAGAGUGGUGCCAACUGUCCCUAUUCAGAAAUCAACUUGAGUAAAGACCGCAUCUUCCCUGACCGUCUAAGUGGUGAGAUAACCCCAUCCAGUUUCUCAUUCCCAAGAAGUAAAAGGACAGACACCAAUGAAAGUUCAUCAUCCCCGGAAACCAGGGAACAGCAUGCCAAUAAUGUCAAAGGAGAUUCUGAAAAGAAAAAAGAAAAUGAAGUAAAGACAUCAGCCGAAGCCAAAGUUGUUCGGGAAGAGCCUACCCCCAGCGUACAGCAGACUCAGCCACCUCAGCAGGCACUAAAGGCUCCGCAGGCUCCACAGAUCCAGCAGGCCCCACAGGCCCCACAGACUCCACAGGCCCCGCAGGCUCAGCCAACCCAGCAGCAGGCCCAGCAGGCUCAGCAGGCCCCACAGGCGCCGCAGGCCCAGCCGGCCCCGCAGGCCCCGCAGGCCCCACAGGCCCAGCCAACCCAGCAGCAAGCCCAACAGGCCCAGCCAACCCAGCAGCAGGCCCAACAGGCCCAGCCAACCCAGCAGCAGCAGGCCCAGCAGCAGGCCCAGAGGCGCUCAGCUGUAUUUCUCUCCUUUAAGCCUCCAAUUCCAUGUCUGCCCCUGCGCUGGGAGCAACAGAGCAAGCUUCUUCCGACUGUUGCUGGGAUCCCGGCGAGUCGAGUUUCCAAGUGGAGCACAGACGAGGUGUCAGAAUUCAUUCAGAGUUUGCCCGGAUGUGAAGAACAUGGAAAGGUGUUUAAGGAUGAACAAAUUGAUGGAGAAGCAUUUUUACUGAUGACCCAGACAGACAUUGUUAAAAUUAUGAGCAUUAAGCUGGGCCCAGCUCUCAAAAUUUUCAAUUCUAUUCUGAUGUUCAAAGCCGCGGAGAAGAAUUCCCACAACGAACUGUGAAGACGGUGAAUUCUGGCACCAUCGGCUUCUGCUUUAUAGCUCAUUAUGUUCUUUCAAAGCACAAGGACAGCUCCGGCUCUGGAGUGAGGAGUCUUCGGAAUUCCCAGGGGCAGCACUACAGGGCCCAUGGGUCCCUCCAGCUGCAGACACAUUCUUAGGGAAUGCCCAAGCUUCUUACCAGCAACUGGCCAACAGCAGUCACCUUUGGUUCCGCUCACCGAGCUAAACUUAACCUUUGUAAAUUUUUUGGAUGUGGGAGGAGGGCGGGGAGAGGGAGGCUUCGUUAUUUAUGGAUGGGGGCAAAAAUCAGAACUUUUGGCAUUUUGUAAACAUUGUCGGAGUCUCUUUCAUGUACACUUAAUUUUUUUUCAAUACUUUCAGAAACCUUUUUAUAUAACGGAAUCUCAACCUAAACCAAAUCCUUUGAACCUGGCUGGGUUUAGCCUGGGACUAGUGUCAGUCAUGUUCACCCUGUGCCAUAUUUGGAAUUGCAGCAUUAGCCAAGUGUAACGUUGUGAGUCGUGAUAUUGCCUAACUGUGUCCACCUCUGUUGGGACUGAAGAAUUGUAAAUACUACCUUUCUUUGAAUCCAUGUUUUUACUUUUGCACGCAUCAUGAAUUGUUAAACAAAGUACUUUUCACCAGCAUCUUUACUGUUAUUAUUACCAAAAAGAUGUAUAUAAAAGAAUGGAAUUGAAGAGUAAAUAUAUAAACCUACUUAGAUUUGAAGGAGGUAGUGUAUCUGGACAGAAUCGGUUUGGUACGUCAUGGUGCCCAUGUUUCCAGCAGUUGGCAUCGGAGGAUUGUGCAGUUUCAUAUCCCAAGGGAUAUUGACGAGGAAUUUGAUUUGUGAAGUUAUUGUGUGCAUCUAUGUACAUGACAUGGAAGUAGCUGGUGCUUUACUGAAAAGGACUCACUUGUCUGGAAACACUAAUCCUUCAAGAGCUCCCAUCCGUCCUACAUGUCCUCCAGACCCAGAGGAUUUGCUCAGAGUGAGCUGAGAAGCAGAGCAAGGGUCUCACUGCACAGACUUGGUGUGACUGUCACAUCUGCAGAUACAGAAUUCUCUUCGCUCACAGAUCGAGAAAGUGGUUCCCAAAGCCAUUCUUCGGAAACCUCCAAUGAUGGAAGAUACCUUUUCCUAAAAAAAUAUUUUGCCUUGAUUUCUUAAGUAUCUGGAUGCACUUUAAAUGAAAGCCCAUGGUUAUUUAUAAACUCAUAGCUGGCAGUGUUUCUUUUGUAAGCGUGCACUUCUAAGGGGAAGGUAAGAUAUUUUGUCAGUCUUUGGAUGUACUUUCUAAUCCCACGAUUAGACAUUUACUCAAGGACUGGUUUAAAAAUAGAAAGUUUAGUAGCAUGCUGUCGGAACUCUGGGGGAAGGUCCCACCUCUUCCCAUGAACUCUUUAAUGUUUUUCUGAUGUAGGACUUCCUUUGAUGUGCCAUAGUAGGAGUCCUUUGCAUUUGUCAUGAUUCAAGGUAAACAGGGUCCGUGACAUCUGCAAUGUCCUCUUCAUUUCUUUGCAUGAAUCUGCUAAAUGAGCUUUUUAUUGUUACUCCCCCCCCUUUGUUGUGGUCAGUAUUUGUACAUUAACUUGCACUUGUUACAUGUGAUAUGAAUGAAAUAAAAUCUUAAUUGCAGA